UUGCAGGAAAACAGAUCAUGUAUCUUUUAGAUCCCCUUUUUGGUUUUAUAGCUAUCCCCCUUCCAAAUAUAUGAAGCAGUUUAUAUCACAAAUGCAGGGGGACACUGAUUCUACGAGUAAGUUAAUUGGUUAUUGUAUGUGUGUUCAUGCAUUCAUAUACUUAAGCUAUCUGAACACUGUAUAUUUAUAUAGGUUGGUCGCUAGAGACACUGAUCUUCCAUUGGCAGCAACACUGCUGAAAGCAUAUGCAAAGGUUGAGCCUCUGACAAUAGCUGAGCUCAAUUAUUUAUUAUCACUGCUCCAUCCCAGGUAAAAUAACUAGCUGUCUUAAUUUGUAGAUGUUAAUGGUAUGACUCUGUUUGUGAUUCUGAUAUCCCACAUGUAUGACAUUGACUUCAUAUGUACCGGGAGAGUUGCUCGCGUUGACAUGGACAAAGGGUGGUGUUAUGCUGCAUGCUCCAAAUGCAGUAAAACUGCAGCACACUGUCUCCGCUAUUGCGUUUGUGCGAUGCGACAAUGCUCAUGCUGUCGGGACUUUCCGGUACGCCUACACUAUCGCGUGGAGACGGCCAUUGCUGAUGGUACUGCUGAAGGUGCAUUCUUUUGUUUUGAUGGUGUAGUGACGAAAUUACAUAGCCUCAGAGAAAGUGAAGCUGGUCAAAUGCUGGCUGAAGGAGUAAACCCUGAGGACUUUAAGAUGCCUCCAUUUACUACCCAUAUAGAAGCAAAGACCGUGUGCCAGUCCAUCACUUUCCAAUUCAGUGUUAGUACAUAUAACUUCACAGCAAUCAUACAUUCACCAUCACGCUCAUUCUCGAUGAACGUGACCGUGUGCCAGUCCCUGGCGUUGUCGACAACAUAGGUAGCGAUGAUGAUGGGGACGACAUGCCAGAUGGCAAUCCAAUUCCUGUUAAGGUGGAAACUGGAGGGAGCAGUGGUGAGGCAGCGUUCAAUGCUGAUACAGAUCCAGUUGGUGUGCGCAGAAGAAGACGGCCAACUCAUCUUCCGAGGUGGUUAAGAAGACGUGUGUGGCUUGAGAUAGACUAGAAAGAACUAUAAACACACUACUCAAAAUUUAAAUAAUGCUUACUCAUCUUCAUUUCCUUUCGCGUCUUGGUUAUCUAUGAUUUUGUCUUUCUCCAAUUUUUGGGUACUAUAUUUGUCAUACAAUCUUCCUAAUAUGAGUUAUCUACCUAUUAGCUUUCCACUACUAAUUUAUUUUUACUUAUACAUUUGUUUUAAACCUUUUGAUUCAAAAUGUGAGAAAAUAAUAUUUUUUUGUUAAAAUUUCCCAGAUUAGAUUUAUUAGUUAACAUGUUAUUUUUAAAAAAAAAUUAUAUGUUUAUCAGUGUUUUAAAAACCGGACCGGCCGGUUGAACCGGUUGGACCGUGACUCACUCUUUUAACCGGUUCUGAGUUUGGCUAAGAACCGGAUUUAAGUUGAACCGGCACCAAACUCGCUAAUACCGGUGAUCCGGUUCAAUACUAAAACCCAGUUUUCUCAAAUUUAAGUUUAUAAUAAAAAAAAUUGUAAUUUCUUAAGAAAAAAAUCAUAAAACUUCAUAUUAUAUUUUAAUAUCUGUCUAAAUAAAUUAGUUUACAUUAUCUUUACAUUUUAUUUUCAUUUAUAAAAAUAAUUAUGUAUUAUGCUAUAUAUUUAGUUACUUAAUUUAAAAGUAAAUUAAAUUUUUAAAUUCCGGUUGAACCGGUCCGACCAUUGACCCAGAUAUAAUGCCGAGUCAGUGUCCGGCUUGGUUUUAAAAAUAUUGUAUUUAUUUAAACCAUUAAAUUUUAAAAUUAUUAUUUAUUGGUGCUGGAGUAUAGUUAAUGAUUAUUUUAUUUUUAUCGCAUUAAUGCAUUGGUUUUAUUAUAAACCUUAAUCUUGAUCGGAGCCUGAAUAGUAUGAUAACAAGUAAAUAUUAAAAGUAUAAAGUUUAAUUAUUAGGGCUCAUGUUUUAUUUUAUACAAUCGUUAAUUUACCUUAUAAUACAUGUUAUCAUCGUUAAAAGCUAUAAUGACAUCUACUAAACUUAAUAGUUAAAACCCGUAUAAUAUGAGCCGCAAAGUUGAACAUGAUAUUAAACUAUGAGAUUUAUGCAUAUCCUGUUGUUGUAAUGUCUGACUGUAUUUCCUUACGUAUUGUCAACCAUAGGUUAAGACUGAUGAAAACCAGCUCAUCGAACUGCCUGAUGCAAACAAAUCAGACUAUACAGUUAUUAUUUCAGAUUAUAUAUUUUAAAAUAUUUUUAGUUAUAAUGAAUAAGUUAUUUCUUUUAUAUCAUGUAAAACAUUAAUUUUAAGGAAAAUUGUAUAACAAAAAAGAAAAAAUAAAUUAUUUUAUGAAAAUAUAUAUAAACGAGACCGAAAUAACUUUAUUUUACUUAUUAUUUAUAACACCACUGAAUUUAAAAAAAAAAC